AUGCCCGGCAAGAAUAGGACCGAGCUCGGCGAAGAUGGUGAGCAUCAUGGUGACCACUCACCCUCCUCCGUGCCGCCAUCAUUACCGUUGUCAUUGUCGCUAUCGCCGUCGCCAUCACAGCUACUGGCUGCCACCAAGCAGCUUUCGAAGCCCAAGGUUGCCCCGCAACCACCGCUGUCGCAACAGGUGCUUGUAAUCUGUAGGAACAAACAUUGGCGAUACAUAUCGUCCUUCCACGGACCAUGGCUCCAACUACCUCCAGAGGUUCUCGAGACUAUCGCGAAUGUAAACUACAAUGCCCCGAGACCGCGGCCCAUCGACCCUUCCGUUUUCUUUGAUCUAGUCAAGAUCAGGCGGCUGGUCGACGAGGCCACCGACCUCGCCGUGCGUGCUGCUAGCGGCGUGGCCACCAUCGGCCAGCGGGGCCCUAACCACGCUUCUCAUCCUGCAUCCAUGCUAGGUUUCGGCUUUGGUCACCGUCCGCCGCCGCAGACGAAGCUGAGCCCGGAGAGGAAACACAGGAUGAGGGAGCAGGCAACGCAGAAGCUGAUGGAAGCAUAUCGACUGGAUGAGAUUGCUAGUAGCGUUGCCACAAUGCAAGGCGCCUCUACCCUCGAGGAGGUGGCAUCCCUAGUGCUCCAGCGGAAUCCCCAGGACUCCGCUGCCAAAUAUGUCCAUUUCUUUCACGAGAAGAUCCCAAGCCGCCAGCUGGUCGAGUGCACCAGCCUGACGCCGCUCGACGAGAUUGCUGCCGCGAAACCAUCUGACCCAGCGCCAUUGAGGACCCGGGCUAUGGUGCGCGUUUUCAAGGGGGAUGACGAGGGCGCGGUUGACGACUUGACGGCAGCCCUCAAGCUUCAUCGCCUGCACCGGCCUGCACAUGCCUCGCCGAAACCGGCCCGGGGAAACCAGCCUUUGGGGGGCCAACCGUACGGGAGCCCUCGAAGGCAGGAAGACAUCAUGUUGAAGGGGGGAGAACAACCAGGCAGUUUGGAGUUGCAGUUGCUUUUCCAAAGGGCGGGCAUUCACUUGGCCAUUGCCUGCCGCCACGUUGGCGCCGCCCUAGGGGGGGACUUGACUACAGCCGACGCUCACUUCCCUGAUAGCGCGCAGGCCGAGCAUGCGGCGGAAGAGCCGCGGCCUGUGCUAUCGCCAGCGGGAAGGGCAGCACAGAACGGAAUGGAGGGAGCCAGGAAGUUGGUGAGACAAAACGCGAAGCGGGCAUUGCGAGACUACACCGCCUACCUUUCCCAUUUUGACUAUUCGCCGGACCUGCCUAUCGGGCUCGCCGAGGAUUUCGCCCGCAGGGUUAACUCUGCCGUCAACGGCACCAGGGCACCGCGGUCCUACAGCCAUCCACCCGGGCCACGUUCACCCCACGCUAGAGAAGGUGAGACCGUAACCGCGCCUCACCGUAUCUACGCGUUAUCAGACCUCUUCACAUCCUCGCAACCUGCUGGCCUCCCCCCUUACCCAAGCACGGAAAUGGUCACGGCCACCCGCGGGCCACCAGCUGCCGGCUUUGUACAAACCACGACUGAAACACUAACCUGUCAUCCUCUCCUCACCGACGCCCUCCAUGCCCUUUUAUUGUGCCACUGUCUGAUCCAAACUUCGGCCAAAGAACUGCUUCGCCACGCCAACAUGGUAGCCCGCCUCGCCCGUCUAGCCGAUGGCUACCCGGUGUUUCAAUCUAGCCGAUGCCCUGCCCGAGCGGACUGGAUUGAAGUACUACGAGCGGGCGGCAAUUGGAUCCAGCUGGCUGGAUCCUGGGAGGACCUCUGUGCACCAACACCCCUCCCGCUCUUCCAAUCUGCCGGAAACGGCUCCACGCUAGUCCCCGUAUCUCCAUCGCCGCUUCAACAAGCCCUCCCGACCCCAGGAAGCGACAGCUUGGGGAUUACCCAUGACUCCUCAGCGAGGCCUGGCGGCACCCCUGAGCACGGCGAAGACCUCGCCUCCCAGCACGCCGCCGUGGAUACCUUCAGCGACGAUGCCGGAUCAGACGAAGCCGCUCUCCGGCUAGCCAUCCGCGCCCGCCAACUGCGCGCUGAGCGCGACUACCGUCUCGAUAACGCCGCCGCCGCCCUGGACGCCCAGCUCGUCAGAAGUGAGCUGGGAAAUCCAACAACUGCAGGGGCCGAUGCGGCCGCGAUGGACAACACAAGCGCCGGCGUCGAUACCGCAAACCCCACCGCACUGCCUCCCGUGUUUCCGGUGUCGGGCGCUAUGUCAGCCAGUGGCCGUCGCGUUGCACCUUCCCCCGCCUCCGACGACAAAGAUUACCACCUCCUCGCCAGCGAGCGUGCAGGCGCUAUCGCCCGCUGGGUAACCGAGGCCCCGGCUCCCAACACAGCGGCCGGCGUGGGUGAAGGGUCGCGAAAGCGGAGGAAAAAGCCGGCGAAAAAGACGAAUGCCAUGGAUGGCAGUGGUGCGUCCGCGGUCGGGGAUGCGGAGGGGACGGGCACGACCUAA